AUGAGACGGAAAGUGCAAAAGUCUGUUAUUCAACUGGUACUCUUCGCCGUUAUACUAUUCUUCAUUUUAUAUUCGAAUCACCCCCAGUUCAAGAACAGGUCAUUCUCAUGGAAUAUAGUCCGCUACAAGACCGCGGCUGCCACACUCCCCGAAGCCAGGGGCAUCUGCCCGAACCUAUCCGGGUCCAAGAAACCGGCACUCGUCAUUUCGCGCGUGGCAGCGGAUGGUGAUCCAGCCUGGACCGACGCCCUAACUAAACGCUACCACCUAUGCGUGUACAAUGUCGAUACUACGCUCGACAAGAACUCGAACUACCUCCAAGUGCCGGCAAACCGCGGACACGAAGCAAUCACGUACCUGACGUUUCUAAUUGACAACUACGCCGAAAUCCCCAAAUCGGGCGCAGUCUUCGUGCAUGGCUCGCGCUGGGCCUGGCAUAACGAUGCGCCUGACUACGACAACGCCGCUCUGCUAGCAUCACUCGAUAUCGAACGAGCACUCGAGCCAACCGGAUACCAUAAUCUCCGAUGCGAUUGGAGUACCAGUACAUGUUUGCCUUCUACACCGGCUCAAGGAAGUCUAGAGAUGCGGCUACAGUCUGCGGUAGCGCCGUGGAGUGAACGCGCGGCGUCUGAUGUCGCCCUGCCGAAAGCACUCGUUGCCAUUUUUGGUGGCAGUAUGGAUGAGUACCAAGCGGUGCACCGGGACGUGGAAUUACAUCUGCAUCUUGGUCGGACGGAUACUAUUCGAUCGCAGUGUUGUGCACAGUUUGUCGUUUCGCGUGAGCGAGUGUGGCAGCAUUCACGCGACGAGUACAUUGCACUGCGGCAGUGGCUUCUUGAUGGAGCUGAUGAUGAGAUUAAUCCGCGGUCUCGGAAUGAGAGGGUCGCGCCUCGGAAUGACAAGGUUGCGGGCCGGAUUUUGUCGUACGUGUGGCAUAUUUUGUUUGCGAAACCGAAUGCUGAUGGGGAGAUUGAUCUUGACAAACUUAAUAAGGAUGCUUGUCCGAGUGCGGAGGUCUGCUAUUGUCGCCUGUAUGGACGUUGCAAUCUUCAGUGUCCUAACCUGGGAACUUGUCGGGGUCAGUACCGGGUGCCUGAGUACUUCAAGCUUCCUGAUAAUUGGGCGGAGAUUCAUUCAUGA